GGACCGGUGCUGUUGCUGCCUCAGAUGAGCCUCGGUGACGCGCUGUGACUUCAUCCGGAGGCUGAAGGAGGGACGCCACCGCUGCGGGCUGCUCUCACACCGACUCUUCUCGCUUUCUCCGCCGCGUUCAGGCAGCUAAAAACCCGGUGGGAUGGAGACAGUGGGCGCGUACGGCGCCAGGAAGGCCGGGAGCGUCCCCUUCGAUCCGGUCGCCUUUUUCAUGCAUCCCCGCACCAUCCUCAGACUGCUGUCGUGGGUUUUCUCCAUUGUGGUGUUCAGCUGCAUAGUGAACGAAGGCUACAUCAACAUUGGCAGCGAGCGUUUGCUGUGUGUCUUCAACAAAAACGCAGAUGCAUGUAACUUUGGCAUGACCGUGGGUGUGGCCUGUUUCCUUGGCAGCAUCUGUUUCCUGAUCCUGGACGUUUAUUUCCCUUCCAUGAGUAACCUCAAGGACCGAAAACGAGCUGUACUGCUUGACCUCAUCUUUUCUGGAGUGGCCAGCUUUCUGUGGUUUGUUGGAUUCUGUUUUCUGGCCAAUCAGUGGCAGGCCACGUCUCCAGAUGAGCUGCCAUUGGCCCAGGGCUCGGAUGCUGCCAGAGCCACCAUCGCUUUCUGCUUCUUUUCAAUCCUCAGCUGGGCCGUGUUGACGCUGAGUGCACUUCGACGCUACCUGACCGGCACCAGCACAAACUUAUUCACCUGGCAGCACCUUGACCCUCCUCCAAGCAACGUCCGAGCUACUCCAUACCCCAUCCCCAAUGGCGGCACCAUCGUUACCACCAACCCCUACCAAGCCCCGCCCUUCACCGAAACCCUGGACCCACAGAAACUCACACAGCAAAGACCCGUGGCUCCUGCUUUUUAGAACACAAAAAGAGGAGAUGUGAGCUGAACGACACAGCACACUGAGCUGGAACUGAGGGCCACUUGCCCUACUGGUUUUACUGGGUUUCCAUCCCCUCCAUGGAGCGGCGGGAUUCUAGGUCAUGUGAUGUUAGAUCUAUUUUCACCAUGGCAAUAGCUGGCGAAGCUUAGUUAGUCGUAACACUUGUUCUGUUCACGCACGCACACACACACACACAAAGAUAUCGAUGCACGCGAGCGCAGAUGUACUCACUUACCACCUGGAUACAGUUACACAUAUGGAAACACAUGUACAGAUUCACAAAGAGAAACAUCCUGGCUGCAUGUUCAUAGGGUGAAGUGCAGAUUAACAUAGACAUAGACCAGUGAAGAUGCUUUACCUGCCUUAUGAAUGGACCCAGUGGGAGACAUGUGGAAGCUUUGUAGCUUUUUAUUAAACACAAGCAGGUCACCCAGCGGCUGAAGGUAUGAUAAAGAUAUUGUGAAAUGAAAGAGAGAGGUGGCAGAACUUGCAGGAAAUGCUAGUUUCUUGGCAGGACUGCUUAAUAUAGUUUCAGUGUAGAAUAUUGUGUUUAAAUAUCUCAUUGUGAUCUGUUGAAUUGGUUAAAAAAGGAAAUAAACUGUACUCAACACCAUGA